GGAUGAUCAAACACUUAACAAUCAAUUCCUGCCAAAUAGAUCGCAAUCUCGAUUAUGGGUUGAUUGAUUAGUGGAAAUUGUGUCGCUUAGUUACUUAACGGAAAUAUUAUUAAUGCGUCUCAAACAGUAAUUCAACAUAUAUAUGCAACAAAAGAGACAUCAAAACUUUAUUAUGUGUAUAAAUUCAGUGCCUAGCUCAUACUCACAAAUUAUAACUACAAAAUCCCACAUGAAAAACAAGGAAGGAAUCCACCACCGCCACUACUCCGACGACGCCGGCGGCGGCGGCGGAGGCAAGAAGAGCGCGCGUUUCACCCUCCCCGACGUCGACAGCCCCGCCUCCGCGGCGGAGGACUACGUCGAGAUCACCCUCGACCUGCACGAGGACUCGGUGGCGGUGCACAGCGUCACGGCGGCGGGCGGCGGCGCGGUGGAGGACCCCGAGCUGAAAAUCCUGGCGAAGGGGCUGGAAAAGAAGUCCUCAUUCGGCUCAACGGCGGCGCGGAGCGCUUCAACGAGAAUCCGGCAAGAGUUGAAGCGCCUGGCGUCGCUGACGCGCCACCCGCAGCCGGUGAAGAGGCUCGACCGGACCAAGUCCGCCGCCGCGCAGGCUCUCAAGGGGCUCAAGUUCAUCAGCAAGGCCGACGGCGGCGCCGCCUGGAGCGCGGUGGAGAAGCGCUUCCACGAGCUCACUUCCACCGCGGCUAAUGGGAUGCUGCCGCGCUCGCUCUUCGGCGAAUGCAUUGGGAUGAAGGGGUCGAAGGAGUUCGCCGGCGAGCUCUUCGACGCGCUUUCGCGGCGGAGGAAUAUCUCCGGCGACUCCAUCACGAGAGAGCAGCUGAAGGAUUUCUGGGAUCAGAUCGCCGAUCAGAGCUUCGAUUCUCGCCUCAAAACUUUUUUUGACAUGGUUGAUAAAGAUGCAGAUGGCCGAAUCACUGAAGAUGAAGUGAGAGAGAUUAUAACACUGAGUGCAUCAGCAAACAGGCUAUCCAACAUCCAGAAGCAGGCAGAUGAAUAUGCAAGAUUAAUCAUGGAAGAAUUAGACCCCGCCAAUCUCGGUUACAUCAUGAUAGAAAACUUGGAGACGCUGCUGCUGCAAGGGCCGGUGCAGACGGGGGGCGGGGAGAGCCGGAACCUGAGCAAAAUGCUGAGCGAGAAGCUGAGGCCGACGGAGGAGCACGCGCUGCGGCGCUUGUACAGCGACGCCGGGUAUUUUGUGGCGGACAAUUGGCGGAGGGUGUGGGUGAUGGCGCUGUGGAUUGGAGCAAUGGCGGCGCUCUUCGCCUACAAAUACGCGCAGUACAGAAACAAGGCGGCGUUUGAGGUGAUGGGCCACUGCGUGUGCGCCGCCAAGGGCGCGGCGGAGACGCUGAAGCUCAACAUGGCGUUGAUUCUGCUGCCGAUGUGCCGCAACACCAUUACUUGGCUGAGGAACAGGACUAGAUUAGGAAUAGUGGUUCCCUUUGAUGACAAUAUCAAUUUCCAUAAGGUGAUUGCCGUAGCGAUUGGAAUAGGUGUCGGAAUACACGGGAUAAGCCAUCUGAGCUGCGAUUUUCCCCGACUCCUCCAUGCGAGCUCGGGGGAGUACAAGAAGAUGGAGCAAUACUUUGGAAAUGAUCAGCCAAAGAGUUAUUGGCAUUAUGUGAAAGGAUUUGAAGGUGUGACAGGGAUUGUGAUGGUGGUUUUAAUGGGCAUAGCAUUCACACUUGCAUCACCUAUGUUUAGAAGGAACAAAGUGCAUCUACCAAGGCCUUUAGACAAACUCGCAGGCUUCAAUGCAUUUUGGUAUUCACACCACUUAUUCAUAGUUGUGUAUACCCUCCUCAUUCUUCAUGGAAUCCACCUAUAUCUCACCCACAAAUGGUACAACAAAACUACAUGGAUGUAUCUGGCCAUUCCAAUCUCAAUUUAUGCUGCAGAGAGAUUGAUCAGAGCCUUCAGAUCCAGCAUCAAGCCUGUCAAGAUCCUUAAGGUGGCUGUGUAUCCUGGGAAUGUGCUAUCAUUACACAUGUCUAAGCCUCAAGGAUUCAAAUAUAAAAGUGGACAAUACAUUUUUGUCAACUGCGCAGCUGUUUCUCCAUUCGAAUGGCACCCUUUUUCGAUAACCUCAGCUCCUAGAGAAGAUUAUCUGAGUGUUCACAUUCGGACACUUGGUGACUGGACCAGACAACUCAAGACUGUAUUCUCAGAGGUAUGUCAGCCUCCACCCACAGGAAAAAGUGGGCUUCUCAGAGCUGACUUCUUGCAAGGAGAAAAUAAUCCCAAUUUCCCUAGAGUACUAAUCGACGGUCCUUAUGGAGCUCCAACACAAGAUUACAAAGACUACGAUGUGGUCUUACUAGUAGGGCUCGGGAUCGGGGCGACCCCGAUGAUCAGCGUGGUGAAAGACAUCGUCAACAACAUAAAAGCAAUAGAUGAGGAAGAGAAUGCGAUGGAGGAGGGAAGUGGGGGCGGACCCGAGCCCGCCCCCACGUUCUCCUCCCCGAUGCAUAGAAGAAAAACGGGAUCGGGGAGUGAGAAACACGACUUUAAGACAAGAAGGGCUUACUUCUAUUGGGUGACUAGAGAGCAAGGUUCAUUCGAUUGGUUCAAGGGUGUGAUGAAUGAGGUUGCUGAAAUGGAUCAUAAAGGAGUGAUUGAAAUGCACAAUUAUUGCACAAGUGUGUAUGAAGAAGGGGAUGCUCGAUCUGCCCUAAUUGCUAUGCUUCAAUCAAUCAAUCAUGCUAAAAAUGGAGUCGACAUUGUAUCGGGGACUAGGGUUAAGUCGCAUUUUGCUAAGCCCAAUUGGAGGACGGUCUACAAGAGAAUUGCUCUCAAUCAUCCAAAUUCAAGAGUUGGAGUGUUUUAUUGUGGGGCACCACCACCUGUGGCAGAACUAAGAAACCUAGCUUGUGAUUUCUCUCACAAGACCUCAACCAAAUUCGAGUUCCACAAAGAAAACUUUUGACAUUUUAGUGGACAAGUUUCGUUGUGAAGAUGUCCCAAUUUGGUGGACCAAACCAACCCACAAUAAGAGGAGAUUAUUUUUCGAGAAAUUUUAAUUUUAUUUUUGGAAUUUUUUAAUUUUGUUCUUCUUUAGUAAGUAAAUAUAGUAGGAGGUUAUUUUGCUUGAAUCGAAUGAGCAAAAGAUAGUUCGUGGGGUCUAAUUUGAUUACUAUUAUAUUUGUCUUUGUUGAUAUUUGGAAGAUAAUGAUUGAUAGUGGUGUUAAGUAAUGGGGUUAGUGGUUCCCCACCCACCUCAAUUAUAAAUGUAUAUUUGUGUAAUUUUAGUUGCAUGUUGUUUAAAAAUAAAAUCUUUUCUUUUUGGUUUUG